UUUCGAUUUAAACGUUCAAAUCUGCAGCUCAUAAUCUAUCUCGUUGACUCGCUGGAAACAACAGAGAACAAUGGAGGCAUUUGAAGAUCAUCUAAAGCUGAUGGUGAAAACCUUCCGAAAGGAGAGCCACAGGGUUUUACAGUCCGAGAGGAGCACAGUUCAUGGAGCCGACAGCAUGCUGAUGAUCCUCCAGCUGGCCAUGGCAGAGGUCAAUAAGCAGCAUGGUGGAGAGUUCAAAGUGGCCCUGAGCGACGUCUUGAUGACCUGGAAGCACCUACUGUCAGACAAACUUCAGCUGCCGCCACCCAGCUCUGCUCGCCUGGAGAACUACGAUCUCUUCCUGGCGGCGUAUCAGUCAUUCCUGAAACGCUCCAACACUCUGGAUCUUGUGGAUGUUCUGGCUUUUUACAAACAACUUCGAGGGGUAGACUCUGAUCCAGAAGAACCAGUGAGUCCGAUGCGACUGUUUGAUUUCCUAUCGGGUAACAUGGAAGCCCCAGAUCUCCCAGAUUCAUUAGUUCCUUUAACACCAUCUAGACAAAGCAGGAACUAUGGCUGCCAGAUAAAAAGGGCCGUGAGACGAGUUUUCUGCUCCUAUCUGAGUUUGCUGGUGAACUCUAAAAACGACAUGGCCCUGGCCCUCACCCUCAACGUCCCGAGUCGCUCCCUGGAUCGGCAGGCGUUUACCGACAUCAAGCGUGCUGCACGGGGCAGCCAGACUUCUCUCUUCUUGGCUGUGACAUCCUUCGUUCGAGCCAUUCAGCUCGGAGGGAAGGGGUACGCACCGGCAGAGUCUGAUCCCCUAAGGAAACAUACUAAAGGCCUGUCAGACUAUGUCCUGUUUAUGGACAAUCUGGAGGAAAUUCUGGGGGAGAUUCCUGAUCCUAGCGUUUGUGGAGCCAGACUGCUGGCCGCCAUCAGAGCAGCACUGGUGAAAGGACGCAGUAGUGGCGAUCCGGUGUACGCCGCAGCGGACGACACUACAAAGGAGCUGAAGGAGAGGAUGGUCCAGCUUCACCAAAUCCAGAAACAAGCUGCCAAUAUGGACGGGACGGGGAUAAGCCCAGCCAGGCCGAAAGCGUACGCAGUCAAUCAUGCCACCGCAUACGGGGGGCGAGAGACGGUGAAGGUGCUACUGGCGCUGCUAGACGAAGAAGCUUUGGCUUCUCCGUGUCCCAACAAGGCCGACCUGCUGUCUGAGGACCAGCCGGUUCUCAGUGGAGCUGAAGGAACCUGCGUCUUCAUGCUGUUCAGAUCCCCUGAAGUGUCCACUGGAUGUUCUCCAGAACCCCUCAGGAACAGAGUCCAGAGCCGGCUAAACCUGCUGAAACCCAAGGCUACGCAAAGGGUCAUCCGUUCCCAGUUUGCCUGCACAUACAAAGAUGAACCGCCACUAAUCAGGGUGUUGGACUUCCCAAGCAGCAGUCAGAUUCCAACCUGUGUUCACCCGGCACCAAAGCCAAAAACCAGUCAAUCUGUGGAAGACCGCUUCAACCCUGAUGCAAAUCAAGCAACAGCCAAAUCUUCCAGUGAAUUCGGGAGAAAAGACCAAGAGGUACAGCGGGGGGUUGUGCCCGAACAGAGGAGUGGAAAUGCUCAAAGCGGAGGUGGAUGUCCGACUAAUAAAAGGAAAACUGGCAUUCAGAUGCAGAGCAAGGGUAAAAAGAGGAAGCAGCUGGAUUCUGAGCAGCACUGCGGAUCAGAAAAUGAACCUCCAGAGAAGAAACAGCACACCCGUGUGUCAGUCAAAGCGCCCGGCAAAAAUGUCUGCAAAGCUUCAAAUAAAAAGAAACUUAUAGCUGGACAGGGAAAGCUUACCAGCUUUUUUAGAGUUUAGGCGUAUCUUUCCUUUAUUUGAAGAUAAAAUAGCAAUUCAGCUAAAUAGUUGAAUUCGUCUACAAAUUACAUUUUUACCCUACAUCUGUUCUCCGACUAAAAUUUUUGUCUAAUUUUGUAGUUUUAAAAUUAGUUCCUUUUGAGAUUUGCUGAAAGGGCCUUUUUCAUUCUUUUUGACUUUGGAAAUUCACUAUGCAACAAAGCUUAGCAGCAAAUUAGCAUCAAUACCAGAGAGAGAUAACUCUACCUGAAAAUGGCUUAGUUUUAUUUUUUAAUCACAAUUAAUAUGCACGUAGGCUAAGCAGGAAGGGUGUUAAUCUGUUGAAAUUAGUCUCCUACUAUUUAACUGUGUCCUAGUACAGUUAUUAGCAGAAAACUGAGAAACAACACACUGAUUGUAAUGACCACUAGCAAAAAUGUUCUGUUUUCUACCAAUUUCUGACUAAAUUAAAGAUAAGCUAAACAGAGAAAAUGCUAGCGAGAAUUUUAAAAUUGCUAGCUAGCCUGCAGCCACGUUCAAUACUUUUUUUUUUCUAAUUAACAGCAUUAAAUGUUAGCUUUAAUUAGUUAUAAAUUUAAGACUAUAUUUGUUUCUUCAAAUAAGACCUAAAGUAGAUUAGUAGGCUAAACAAGAACUUGGGUAAAUACUGAAAGCAAAGAAAACUAGCUGUUUAGAAUUA